GAUGAAGGGAAGUACCGCCCAGAUGUCGCCCACCACCUUGUCCGGGACACCCAUCUGUCGGGUGAUCACCGAUAGGAUCACCGUCAGCGGACCCGUGCCUGCAGGAGGAGACGCAUCACCUUCAAGCCUCACCUUCACCUCCCUCAGAGCUUGUGAGGAGGAGAGCUGCGAGGUGGGUGGGCGUGAGCGUGAGAGCGUGUGACAACAACAACAACAACAGUAGCGACAACAACAACAACAAGAGCAACAUCACUUUUCCUGAGUUGCGGUGUUGCCAGAGCCCGAGGACGAUACACCUGUGGAUUUACCUGUGGACUAACCUGGCUUCCCCGUGUGAUGUCGUGGUGUUCAGGUGUGUCGUUGUGGGGGUGGAGUGGGCGCCGUCAGCUGUUGGUGAUGGUGCUGCUCUCGGCGGUAAUGUGUCUUCUCCACCUCCUCGCUCAACACCGUGCGAUACAGCUCUACCCGUCACCAAAGCUACAGAUGCGCGUGGGCGAGGCGAGGCAUGGGCGGGAGUCUCUGGUCAGCCCUCGGAGCCCCACGUCCCCACCCACACUCACUAGCACGGGCGCGAGGGGAAGGGAGGCCAAGAAUGAGGCUCACCAAAACGCCUCCCUUGAGAAUGACCAUUUGGAGGCCAUUCCCCUCGAGAACAGAAUCAUCCUCAGUAGUUGGCCUCCCAAGGUAAGGUUUCCUCUGAUGGUGUUCCUCAAUGUCGGUCGCCUCGGGAACCGCCUCAAUAUGUACGCCGUCGCCCUUGCCUUCCAAGAGGUCCACCGCGCUUCCUCCACCGUAGCCAUCACGCGGGACUCCAUGGUUGAGUUGGUGGCCCUCCUUGACCCUGCCCACCUCCCCCUGCACGUCGUGGACAGAUUCCUAAUUGGGGAGGCAAUGGAGGAGGAGGCGAUAGAAAGGGUGAUUCCUGAUUACCUGAAGAAUGAUAUGGUCAGCCACCUGGAGCCGACCUUCCAGAGGGCCGAGAAGGAGUACCGAGAGAGUGGCAAGCCGAAGAUGUACACCAUGGAAGGAUACCAGAACCGCAUGUGGCUGAUCGCGGGGCACCACCACACCAUCCGCGCCGCCUUCAGGAUCAGGGAUGACCUGAAGCAGAAGGCCGCACGGUUCCUGGAGGGGGUGCGACAGAGGAGGGGCCGUCGGGACAUCACCUUCGUCGGCUUCCACAUUCGCAGGACGGACUACAUCGACCACUUCAGGAACCUCAACAACCGCACACGCCACAACUUCACAUCCCAUCUUUCUCAGAACCUCUUCAUUUACAUCCACCACAGAACUACCUUCUUCAACUGCACCUCGCCGUUGCCGGGCCCUGCGUUCUACCAGUUGGCCAUGAACCAUUACCGCGCCACCCUGAGGAACCCCGUCUUCGUGGUGGCCUCAGACGACCUGUCCAACGCGCGGCAGCACCUCAACACCAGCACGGACGUUGAGUUUACAGACAUGAAGACGGCGGCAGAGGACAUGGCGUUGCUGGGGUCCUGCUCCCACUCCAUCAUGACUGUAGGUUCCUUCGGGUUCUGGGCAUCGUUCUUCGCGGGCGGGCAAGUCGUGUACCCGCUGAUCACAAACUGUACCUUGAAGCCCUUCGUUCACCCCGACCACCUGGGCCCGCGAGGCUACGAGAACUGGAAGGCCAUUGAUGUUGGCGGGGGCGGGCCAGUGUAGGGCA